AUGACGACACCUCGAACUCCAGAAAAACAACCAGAGGGGGAAGAAAAUCAUGAAAGUUCAUUAGUAAGCUUACUUGGAGGCUCCAGCUUCUCUCCAGUUGAAAUUUCUCCAGAAACUUCUGAAAGAGAAGAUGAGCCUGAUAAAAAGAAGGGCGAUAGCAAAAUGACAAACGAUGGCUAUGAUUUAAAUCAUAGCGAUUUACAAAACUCAGAGAGAGAAUUAAUGAAAUCUGAUGGUUUUACAGAUUCCGAUUCUAAAUUUGGAAAAACUAAUACAAGCAUUUCAAGUAGCAAAAAGUCCAAGGAUAUAGCAGAAAGAUUUGAUCAAUUUUUACAGAAAAAAGAGCAUAUUACAGUUGAUUUUGAUGAAUCAAGGAUAGAUUUAGCUCCAUCACCAUUACGUCCAUCACUAUUAACAAUGCUAAAAACAAUAAAGCGUUUGGCAGCAAGAAAUCCAACAGGCGCUUCAUUGGCUGCUUUACAGAUUUUAAUUGAAAGAUUUGAUGAAUUUUUAGAACUCCAAACACGCCGUGAUGAUCCAACAUAUGAAGACCAAUGCCGCGUACUUUUAGGAUACAUUUAUAAAAAUACAUCAGAAGCUAUGCGAUUGUCAAGAAAGCUUAAAGACGCUGCUCAACCGCGACCGGUUGAUGAAUGUUAA